AUGCGUCUCUGCUUGUCCAGCCUCGCCGCUGUGACGGCGCUGGCCUCUGCUGGCCAAGCCGUCUCGCCCCAUGACAUCCCGGCUGACUUGCCCGUAUCUGCGCUCUUGACGUCGGCGCAGACCCAUCUGGCCAAGGGAGAGACGAGCGACGCCCUCGUCUACUACGACGCCGCUGUUGCCAGGGACCCCAACAACUACCUGACCCUCUUCAAGCGCGCAACCACCUACCUGUCGCUCGGCCGCUCCAGCCAAGCGACCGACGACUUCAACAGGGUCCUUGCCCUCAAGCCCGGCUUCCAGGGUGCUCACCUACAGCUGGGGAAGAUCAAGGCCAAAGUCGCCGACUGGUCCGCCGCCAGGGCCGAGUACGUUGCUGCCAGCAAGGACCCGGACUCGCCCGAGCUCACAGAGCUUACCGAGGCCGAGGGCGCCGCAGUUCUCGCCGCGAGCGCCCUUGAGGCACAGCAAUGGGACGACUGUGUAAUUCAGGCUGGCGUCGCGAUCCUCGUCGCGUCCAGAGCCCCCUCUCUGCGUGAGCUCCGCGCCCGCUGUCGCUUCGAGCGAGGCGAGGUCGAAGAGGGCAUGGGCGACCUGCAACAUGUCCUGCAUCUGCGCCCUGGCGACACAAACCCUCACCUCCUUAUCUCCGCAACAACCUUUUACGGCCUGGGGGAUUUCGAUCACGGGCUCACCCAAAUCAGAAAGUGUCUGCACUCGGACCCAGACUCCAAGGUGUGCAAAAAGCUCCACAGGCAGCAGAAGGCUGUUCAGAAGUCGUACAGCAAAGCGGAGGCGCAGAUCAACAGGGGUCAAACAACUACGGCUGGACGCUCCCUUGUCGGCACAGCAGAAGAACCUGGUCUGGUUUCCAUCAUUCGGGACCAAGUCGAAGACCUUCGCAAGGAGGGGAGGAUCCCUCCAAAGGCGCGCGCACGUCUAUAUGAAAUGGCAGUGGAGAUGACCUGCCAAGCGUAUUCAGAAUCAAAUCAUAAGGAUGCCGCCAAGUAUUGCGAAGAAGCUCUCGAGCUGGACGCCGACUCGUUCUGGGGUCUCAUGCACAAGGGAAAAGCCCUACUAAAGAAGGAGGAAUUCGAGGCCGCAAUCCGAACGCUCGAGAAAGCGGCUGAGGUCCGACCAGACAAGCAGGACAAAGUCAACCCCAUCUUAAACAAGGCCCAGAUCGCUUUGAAACGGAGCAAAUCCAAGGACUAUUACAAGGUUCUCGGGGUUGCGAACGACGCGGACGAGAAGCAGAUCAAGUCAGCAUACCGGAAGGCGUCAAAACAGUUUCACCCUGACAAGGCCGCCAAACAAGGGGUUAGUAAAGAAGAGGCGGAGAAGAAGAUGGCCUCCAUCAACGAGGCAUAUGAGGUGCUUAGCAAUCCUGAGCUUCGGGCUCGAUUCGACAGAGGAGACGAUCCAAACUCGCAGGAGACGGGUAGUCCCUUCCAGGGAAAUCCGUUCGGAGGCGGGCACCCUUUCAUGUUCCAUCAGCAAGGCGGGCCUCAGGCCAACUUCAAGUUCCAUUUUGGUGGCGGCGGCGGCGGCGGGCCUUUCGGGUUUUGA